AUGGAUCCAGGUUGGACUUGGAACAUGAAUUCAAACAAAUACUUUUUUGAGGAACUAUAUGAUCAAGAUUGUGGAUCUGUAUUGCUGGGAAGAAACAAAGCUUGCAAGAUUGCAAGUGUUGGAUCUAUGAAAUUCAAGCUCCAUGAUGAGCCAAUAAGAUUAUUGACUGAAGUCAAAUUUGGAGAGUCUCCUAUUGAUGGUAAGACUGAUACCAAUCCUGAAGGAUUGACAGCUGCUUAUGGCAAGUGGUCUUUGGCUGUUUCUGAAAGAUUAGUGGUUGUUUCUAUUUAUAUUGAUGCAGGAGUUAAUAUUUGUAGGUGGGAAGAUGAUCUUUACAAACGUGUGGAAUAUGAUUCUGAUGGAAUUGUUAAAACUCAUAUCAUCAAGUCUCCUUUUGUUCAGAUUCCUCUUGGAGUUACGGAGGACAGACUCAUUGGGUCAGUUGAUGUUGAGGAGUCUGUGAAGACAGGCACGACUGUUUUCCAACCAGGCCUACUUGCUGAAGCUCAUAGAGGUGUUUUAUAUGUUGAUGAAAUUAAUAUUUUGGACGAGGGUAUCAGUAAUUUGCUCCUUAAUGUACUGACUGAAGGAGUAAAUAUUAUUGAAAGAGAGGGAAUCAGCUUUAGGCACCCAUGCAGGCCCCUUCUGAUUGCUACCUAUAAUCCUGACGAGGGUUCUGUUCGGGAACAUAUGCUAGACCGUAUUGUAAUUAAUUUGAGAUCAUCUCGGCUAGAGAGUAUCUCAUGGAAGUUACUAUUAGCAAAGAACAAUUAAAAUACCUGGUUAUCGAGGCUUUACGAGGUGGUGUCCAGGUAUGUAACAAGUUUUUUUGUUUCAAAAGAAGUUUUUUAUAUGGUAAAUAUGAUGUACACUACAGAUAUCCAU